AUGGCACCUCAGAUUUUCCCCUGUCUUGGACCGGCACUAAUGAUUUCAAUGGGUUAUAUUGAUCUUGGGAAAUGGGUAGCAGCAGUCGAGGGUGGAGCAUCUUUUGGGUUCAGCCUCUUACCGCUGGUGAUUUUUCUCAACUGCUGUGCUAUCUUCUGUCAGUACCUUGCUACCAGCGUUGGUGUGGCCACUGAAAAUAAUCUUGCGCAGGUAAUUCCCCAAGUCUUUCUCUCUUAGUUCUGUAUUCUAGAUUAACUAAUCAGACUUCGUCCUCUGGAAAAAUAUAAACGAUAUGAAAUUCCUUCUAAUGAAAUGCUCGGAAAUAGAUCUUUGAUUCAUGUUACCCCACGUUGGACUUUUUUCUUAAAACUAACUAUUUUAUCGUGAAUGUUUAAGAUUUUCUUUGUAUUCCAAGUGCACCACUUAUGCUCAUUGAAUAAAUUAACAGUUUUACGUUGGCUUUCCAUUUUAUGGGGAAGUUCUUUUUUUUGUAGAAAAUUUCGUAUUGUUUACUGAAUGUUUUUGUCUUACUUUCUAUGUAAAGAUCUACAGCAGAGAGUACUCCCGUUCUGUCUGCAUAAUGUUGGGCCUUCAAGCGGAGAUCUCUGCAAUUGCGUUGGAUAUUAGCACUGUACGUACUCUCUAUCAUCUAAAUCUUUUUUCUUUUUCCUCUGAUAUAUCUUUACUUCGUAUUAUUUGGUUGGAGACUUGGAAUAACUUGAUUAAUUUCAACAUUAUGAUCCCUAUUCCAGAUCUUGGGCGUUGCUCAUGGAGUCAGCAUUUUAUCUGGCCUGGACAUUGUAACAAGCAUUCUUUUGGCCAUGUUCGUUGCUGUUGUACUCCCAUUUUUCAUUGCCCAUUUGGUAAGACGAUGGCUCCUCGUAGUUAUUUAUUUUUUAUCACGUCUUAUACAGAAUGAAUGGUGAUGCUGGAAGAUGGUAUCCCUGUCUCAGGACAAUGUGAAGGCAGAAGUGUUGUACCUCGGUAUCUCAGGUUUUGCACUGCUGUUUUAUGUGCUCGGGGUUCUCAUUAGCCAACCCGAAAUCCCGCUUUCCUUCAAUGGGAUUUUUCCAAAAUUGAGUGGGGAAACCGCAUAUUCAGUUAUGGCCCUUCUUGGUUCUAAUAUUAUGGUUCAUAAUUUUUACACUCAUUCUUCUGCGGUUCAGGUGAGUUCCCUGUUUUUAUUACGUUUUUAUUGUGGUAAUUCCCUAAUCCUCCUGUAUUUCUCUCCAUCUUCCUAAGACUUGUCUUGGCUUUAUCCUACUUCAAACCCAAUGGCAAUGGUGUUUGGUGAGAGACUCUAUGCUGUUCCUGGCCUAUAACAUGGGUGAUAUUUAGCAGUUUCCUCUUAUAUGCAAAUGCUGGAAGCAAAAAAUAGAAUGAAGAAAAACCAGAAAUGAAGGGCAGCUUGGAUUGCCGUGAGUGUGAGAUGAAGAUCGUUAUCGUGGGAGGGUCAACCUCAUGUGCUAUCCAAACAAAAUUUUUUCAUCAAAAUUGGUCCCAAUCGAUCUGUCAAGGUGUCUGAAAAGUUCUUUUCUGACACCGAUGGCAGUGUGCCUUUCUGCUUUAGAUAUUCUUUAUUGGCAUCUGUCCUUAUAAUUUUCAAAUUUUCAUGAUGUUAUCUCGCAAAUAGAUAGCUUUUAUUCGUAUUUUCUUUCUCACUUUGCUCUCCAAGUUAAGCUGCUCUCGUCACCCAAUGUGUGUCAAGUUAAUCUGUUUAUCUAUUCUUUUCUCUUGAUGCAGCGCCAAAAGAGAUUGCUGAAUGUUUCUGUGGAUGCUUUACGCCAUGAUCACUUUUUUGCUGUUCUGUUUGUUUUCUCUGGGAUUUUUCUGGUGAACUAUGUGCUGGUCAACUCUGCAGCAUCAGUGGUCAAUAAUUCAGGGAUCAUUGUGUCAACAUUCCAAGAUGCCUUCCUACUGUUGGAUCAGGUUUUCUCACCAGCUCUUUUAACGUUCGGUCUGUUACAAAAACAGUGCACUGGGCUUAUAUUUCAAAUGAAAAUACAUUUUAACCUUUUGCAAUAUCUGGUUCUGAAAGGAUGUGCUUGAAAUCCCUUAUAAGGUUGCAGCCUCUGCAUUCUUGGAUAAUACGCGAUUAUUCGAGUAUUUCUUUCUUACUUGGUUCAUCGCCAUCCUUCACUCAACAGUAGAAUCCAGGUUUAUCCAAUCCCUAACAUAAUACCACUGCACAUUAGCAUUGCCGACUAAUGGCUGUAGUAACUAAAUCCACACAGGGACAAGACAUUCGGAGCCUAGGUACAGCCUCCCUUUCCUUAAUAUCCCAAGAAAAAAAGAAGAUUCGAAUAUAUCUACUUUCUGAUCGGCCAAUUUCAUGGGCUAACAAAGCAUAGUAUCAUUGAACAAAUUGUCACCAUAUUUAUGUUUAUUUUUAUGGAAUAUGCCCCUCAUUGUGGUGGUCGAACCAACCAAUAGGGAUGUCUUCCCAUCCUCACAAUACGUCGUCUGCCUCUUAGAUAAUUCUUCUGUUGUUUAUGGCCGUUUGAUUACUUUCCUAUCUCGUUCUCCUUUCAUAGGAGCAGGGUAUCAUCUGUAAUUGGUGAUAGCAUCUCCCAGCUCUUUGUGGCAGUUAGAUCAGGCUGUCUAAUCCUCUCUCCUUCUCCAAUGCAGGUCUUUAAAGUCCCCAUACCUCCCAUUGCCUCCGUCUUGGUUCUGCUAUUCUCAAGCCUGGUGACGGCAUUUUCUUGGAACAUUGGUGGGCGCGUGAUCCUCCGUGAUCUGCUUCAUCUUAGCUUUCCCCCUCUGGUUCAUCAAGUGCUAGUGAGAACUCUCGCCGCCAUCCUAGCCUUCUGCUGUGCACAGAGUACAGGCGCUGAGGGCAUCUAUCAAUUGCUUGUCUUCUGUCAAGUCGUGUCAGCAGUGCUUCUCCCAUCUUCUGUGAUCCCUCUCUUCCGUGUGGCAUCAUCAAGACCGCUGAUGGGUUCGUCUAAAAUCUCCUGGCAACUUGAGAUCUUGGCAUUGCUCACAUUUUUUGGGAUCCUGGCAUCGAACAUCCUAUUCGGCAUGGAGUUACUAUUCGGGAACAGCAGCUGGAUAGCCACGCUAAGAGGGGGUGCUGGUGACAGCUUCUCUCUCCAAUUUAUCCUUAUUCUUUCGAUUACCUGCGUAUCUCUGGUCUUGACGCUCUAUCUGGCAGUUACCCCGCUGAAGUCUGCUAGCCAUGUACAAGAUUUCCAAAUGUGGGCAUCGCAAUUGCCCGUGGAUCAUCCCCAGCUUGCUCCAGAUGUAGUAGAACAAGAAGGAGAAGAAAAAGAAGAAGGUAUGAUCAAGCCCAGACAGAAUGAUGAUGCAUCAUCUGUAGUAGGUCUAGAGGAGCCACUGUUCAUGCGUUCUCUGGGCAUUCAGCCUGAUCAAUUGGUUUCAGAGUCCGACUUUGAUCUGCCCAACUUGGCGAUUGAUGCUGAUCAAUAUUCUCAGCAACCAGUUCCCAUCCCGGAUCUUGCUCCACUGCCUUCACCAGAGUCUGAUCAAGAACACUCAAUAAUAGAUUCUGAUCAGAUUUCCCUGCAAGAGGUCACAGAUGAGGCAUCGCCUGUCAGUAUCUUGGACCUAGAGGACGCACAUGAAAUCAUAUCCAAGGGUUCCAUCGACCGCUCUGUGCAUGUAGAGCCACAGAAACAGGCAGAGAACAACAGCGAGGGGACCGCUCUCGAUUGCAGUCCUCCUAAACCUGCGGCUGCAUCAAAGGUUCCCAGAGAGAAGGCAGAGGUCCCAAGCAGCGGCCCAGGGAGCAUUCCGAAAACGUCUGGGUUGGGUCGUUCAGCACGGCGGACAUUUGCCUCCAUCCUUGAUGAAUUUUGGGUGGCUCUGUUUGACUUACAUGGAAAGGUGACCCAGGAAGCGGUGGCAAAAAGGGUCGACAUCUUACUUGGAUUGAAUCCAAAGACGGGCGAUUCUCAAGCAAAAGGGGAGAUCUUCCCCAGCGGACCCUUCAAGAAGCAGCCCCUUCCCGAAGCCACCAGGGGCCUUGUUUCUCCAAAAAACCCUAGGGAUUACAGUCCUCCAAUGCAGCAGAGAAGUCAUGUCAUGGGUUCAUCAUCUCUGGGCCAGAUGGGAUCCCCAUCUUGGUCGUCCAGCUUGCAGCUACUGAACUCACUCGGGCAGAGUUCCUGGAAUGGUAACCCCUCGGAGGCAGGUGAGAGGCGAUACUCUAGUCUUCGCCUCCCGCAGAACUCCAGUAACUGGGACUACCAGCCGGCAACCAUCCAUGGCCAUCAGAUCUCCUCCUACAUCAGAGGGUUUGGUGCAAGCAGGUACUCCAAUCCGACCCAUAUCCCUCUGGAAGAACCAGAUCGGAAGUCUGCUGAAUUCUUCAGUCCGAGUUACAAGGACCCAUUCGCCUACAACCAGGAUGAGACCAGGUUUUCCUCCCUGACCUCCUCUGGUCUGCAAAGCCUCAAUCUUUCGAGGCCCAAGUUGCAGGCAGAAGGGCCAUACUACGAGUCUCCAUUGCCGGGAAGUAUGGAGAAUGGAUCUUCUGCUACCUACACCAAGAAAUACCACAGUUUGCCUGACAUCUCUGGGAUUACGAUUGCUGCCAGGGCUGCUCAUCCGAGUGACAGAAACAACACUCUGUGGGGGGGGCCUGUUAGCUCGAGGGUACCAAUCGGGAGAAUGGCUAGUGGGCAUCUGCAGUAUUCGAAGGGAGCAGAGGGAGGGGCCUUGUCGUUCAAUGAUCUCUCUUCAUCCGGGCUGUAUGGGGUUUCUUCCAUGGAAUCUAACCCCAUUCUGAGCACAAAGUCUCUCUGGUCCAGGGAGCCGUUCGAGCAAUUCUUUGGGGUGGAAAGCAAGGCCCAGAGCCAGGAACGCCCUGCGCCUGACAGCAUGAAUUCAGUCCCCGAGGAGGCAUUUUCCUACGCGGACUCAGAGAUAACGACCCUUCGGUCCCUCAAAGCUUGCAUCCUGAAGAUCUUGAAGUUGGAAGGCUCGGACUGGCUGUUCAGGCAGGACGGCGGGGCAGACGUAGGGAUAAUCGAUCAGCUUGCUGCAAAGGAGCGGUUCCUCAGCGAACUGAGCUCCGGCCAGACAUUGUCAUCCGCUUCAAGCAACAGCGAGAUGGACGUGCCCAACUGUGGCGAGAGCUGCAUCUGGAGGAUGAGCCUGGUUGUGAACUUCGGAGUGUGGUGCGUUCUCCGGAUCUUGGAACUAUCGCAUCUGGAAAGCCGACCGGAGCUCUGGGGCAAGUACACCUACGUUCUGAAUCGGCUUCAGGUAAGAAUCUGCGUACAAUCUCAGCCGUUUUAUCCCCUUAUGAAUCCAUGUGCUUGAGCUCUCAGUUCCUUCUUCUUCACAGGGAAUUCUCCAGCUGGCCUUCUCCAGGCCUCGGUCUACCCCCGAAGCCUGCCCCUGUCUCAACAUCCCCGCGGCAUUCAAGAAGGCCGCACGCGCCCCCAUGCCGAAUGGGACCCUGCUUGUGGGAGGAACAGGGCGGGGAACAUGCACGUCAGCCAUCAAGGUGCUCGAGAUCAUCAAGGUCGUCGAGACCGCCAUCUCCGGCCGCAGGGGCCGGACAGGCACAGCCGCUGGCGACAUCGCCUUCCCCAAAGGGAAGGAAAACCUGGCAUCUGUCCUCAAGCGCUACAAGCGGCACCUCGCGACCAAGCCGCCUCCACCGAGCUUCCACGAGGUCUCCCCCGCGCCACCCAGGGUCCCUCUGACAACACCACCUCCUGGGUUUUAG